AUGGAUGGGCACGGCGCCGAUAGCCAUCUCGCUAGUAUCCUGCUUCCGUAUUUGGAAGAAUUCGAUGAAAGCGCAAUCAAUCAUUUGGCUACUCAGCUAAAGGGCUAUGGAAUCUCGGUCGAUGCUGUCACGGCCUCCGAGCGGAGUCCUAGCUUCAGACUCGUCUUUUCAAAAGAAAGUUCGUCGGUCGAUCAUAUCGAUCAAGCGUCCAGGAUCGAAAUACUAGACUUCUGGGCGAGCCAAAGCGCCAACACCGAACCGAUGAUAAACAGGAUUGAUUUCAACCCGGCAGACACCCCGGACCUGGCGAUGCUCCUAGAUCUGCAAAUGGGGAAUGGCAGGCGGGCUGAACAGAACUAUGAUUACGAGAAUGGUGAUACAAUAGAAGGGGUACCCCAGGAUUUCUGUCAACAGACAAGGCCGCCAGCGGCACAACCCACAAGCAGCCACUGGCCGGAGUGUGAGUUAGCCUCGGCACUAGGACUUGUCGUAGAUGGUUCAAAUCCCAUCAGUCCGGAAACCCAAGGCGAAUUAUCAGAGGCUUCGUCUGGAUUAGCCUGCCAGCCAAGCGACUUUGCCAUCCAUAGCAAUCCUCAGGAGCAGAUGCCUUACGAUCACAAUUCACCACGAAGGAGGCCUGUGCAAGUAAGUAAAAAUCGGAGCCGGACUUCUGCUUCGUCCGAUGCGUUCUUUGAGUGCUUCGACCCUCUCUAUACCACAUCAUGCUCUAGCGACCGAGCCCCAACGCAGUUACGAUCUCUGUUUGGUCCAGGCACCAAGUAUAAUUUGCCAGACAAGAUUCUACAUGAGAUAUUGGAAAUAUCGGAGAACUUUAUAAGGCCUGAUCUAGUCGAAUUCCUUGAAGAAAGCCUGCCCCGGUGGAAGACGGCCGGUCUCUGGCUGCAAGAACAGAUACCAGCGCCGAGUACAGAAGGAUCAGGACGGACAAGGCUUUUAAAUGCCUACUCGUGUAUUUUUAAACUUGAGAAUCGGAUCAGAGAUGACCAGAUCCUCAAUCGAGUGGCUGUUGCGACGCUGUACACCACAUACGAGCAGGCCUACCUAGAGUGGCGACACGCCGGCUCGCAGCAGUGUAAGGGACAGGGGCGUGGGGACGCUUCAACCGUGAUUGAUGGUAUUUUGGUCGAGUUGCAUCCAGACUGGCACCUUGGAGACAGGAAGCGUCACCUUCGCAGUCGAUUCCACGACAAGAAACGAUUUGGCAAACGAUGGCUUAUGCUGAUCCGGCUAUUGGGGGAGAGCAUCCUCAUCUCAUGUUCAACACAAAUUGCAUCGGCAGUACAUACCACGGUUUUCACGACCGGCAUGCUGGAGGCACUAGCCUAUUGCAUUGAACGAACAGACCCUAAGCACCUCUGUGUCCUUGGGAUUCUGAAUUCAACAGCAGCAUCACUUCUCCGUGGUGGACGGUGUGACGAUAUUGACCCGGAUCAAAUCCUCGCCGAAAUUAGAUCUUCAUACACUACUAGCUAG